AUUGUUUUCACACACACAAUUUCUUCCAUGGCGUCUCUUCAACUCACUCCUCCCUCCGGUGUCUCCACUCGCACCGGUCGCUCUCUUUCUGACUUCAGAGUUUUCCGAUGCCGGAGGCCUCUCUCCCUCCGAUGCUCCGCUGAAGAACUUUCCUUGCCAUCUAUGGCCGUUGGUUUCGAUUUUGACGCCAAGGUUUUCCGGCAUAACUUGACCAGAAGCGAGAACUACAACCGGAAAGGUUUCGGACAUAAGAAGGAGACUCUUGAGCUCAUGAAUCAAGAGUAUACUAGCGAGAUCAUAAAGACUUUAAAGGAGAAUAACUACGAAUUUACAUGGGGAAAUGUUAUUGUAAAGCUGGCAGAAGCUUAUGGUUUUUGCUGGGGUGUUGAGCGUGCAGUCCAGAUUGCUUACGAAGCCAGGAAACAGUUCCCUGAUAAGACGAUAUGGAUCACAAACGAAAUUAUUCACAACCCAACUGUUAAUAAGAGACUAGAAGAGAUGGAAGUUAAGUUUAUUCCCAUCAAGGAUGGAUCUAAGCAGUUUGAUGUCAUUGAUAAGGGUGAUGUUGUGAUUCUGCCUGCUUUUGGAGCUGCGGUAGACGAGAUGUUGACUUUGAGUAACAAACAAGUACAAAUAGUUGAUACGACGUGCCCUUGGGUGUCCAAGGUGUGGAACACAGUCGAAAAGCAUAAGAAGGGUGACUACACAUCAAUUAUUCAUGGUAAAUAUGCCCAUGAGGAGACUGUAGCAACGGCAUCUUUUGCAGGAAGGUAUAUCAUUUUGAAGAACAUGGACGAGGCAACAUAUGUGUGUGAUUACAUUCUUGGUGGUGAACUUAAUGGAUCUAGCUCAACAAAAGACGCUUUUCUGGAGAAAUUCAAAUUUGCAGUUUCCAAGGGUUUUGAUCCAGACAAGGAUCUUGUUAAAGCUGGUGUGGCGAACCAAACUACUAUGCUAUCGGGGGAAACAGAGGAGAUUGGGAAAUUGGUAGAGAGGACUAUGAUGCAGAAGUUUGGAGUAGAAAAUAUCAACAAUCACUUCAUAAGUUUCAACACUACCUGUAAUGCUACUCAGGAGCGACAAGAUGCUAUGUAUAAGUUGGUGGAUGAAAAGAUGGAUCUUAUGUUAGUAAUCGGUGGGUGGAACUCGAGCAACACCUCACACCUACAAGAGAUUGCAGAAGAUCGCGGCAUUCCAUCUUUUUGGAUUGACAGUGAACAAAGAAUAGGUCCUGGAAACCUAAUUGCUUACAAGUUGAUGCAUGGUGAAUUGGUUGAGAAAGAAAACUGGCUGCCAAAGGGCCCUAUCACGAUUGGCGUGACAUCCGGUGCAUCUACCCCCGAUAAGGUAACUCUCAUCACUCGAAAUUUGUUGGACUAUCUCCGACAAUUUCUCCGUAAACAAAAGUCAAAAUCUCCAAAAAUAAAAUAUGCAUUCAGUUCAUGCAUUCUCUAUUUUGAAUAUUCUAACAUUAAUUAUAGAGUAAAUUACAUUCUUGGUCCCUGUGGUUUAUUGGUUGCCAUCACUAUGGUCCCUCAAACUUGUUUAUUACACUCCUGGUGCCUGUGGUAUGCAAAAGCGCACACUUUAAGUCCCUCUUUCUAACGAGAUCGGUUUAAUCAGUUAACUUAAGGGCUAACUUUGUCAUUUUACCAUUCUUUUCAUCUUUUUCCUAGUAAAAAGAAAAUAACUAAAUUAAUAUGUUUUAGAGUAAAUUAGGAUUUGGUCCCUCGGGUAAUUGUGAUUUACUCGUGGUUUGCAUUUUUGCACUCUUUGAAUCCCCAUCUUCUAAUAGAAUUUAAUUGGCCUAACAAAAAAUUUUAACGGAUGUUAAAUAGGACUCGGGAGAGUGUGAAAAUAAAAACCAGGAGUUCCAUCCUUGAAUAUAUUUUGAUUUUGGGGGCGACUGUGGGUAGAAGUGUAAACGACAGAGACCAAAUCCGUAAUUUACUCUUAUGCUUCAUAUAUAUUAUAUACAGUAAAUUACAUUGCUGGUCCCUGUAGUUUGUAGUUUGUCUGAUUAAGAUCCCUCAGACUAGUUUAUUACACUCUCAAUACCUGUAGUAUGCAAAAAUGCAGGCUCUAAGUUACUCACUAUUAGAAUCAAAAAGAUUUUGUUCAGUCAAGGGUAUUUAUGUAUUUGUAACCUUUUCUUGUCUUUUACUAUAGGGGCCAAAAAUGUAAUUCAAAUAUUAUUACUAUUAUAUUAAAUGCAAACCACAUGUACCCGGUAAGUGAUUAUCGGGGAGAAAACUCUUACCAACAGUUACGGGUGGACCUAUUAAGGGUUGAGCGGGGUCUUGUACACCUGCUUGCUUACUGGAUUAUCGUGAGAGAAAGUUGAGACGUGAAGAGGGUGCACCCGCUUAUAUGAGAGUACCCUUAAAUAUUUGGAAACCAAGUUUAUAACAAGAAUCACAAGUUGACGAGAUGGUUGUUGCAACCUGGUUAAAGCGUUCGUUUCUAACGGGUGUCCUGGGUUCAAGCUACACUCGUUGCGAGUUUUUAAGUUUUUUUCCUUUAAAUGGUUCAUGUUAUGAAAUGUUAAAAAUGGAAGGGUGUUCUUAAUUUUUUUUGAAAUUGAAAGGACUAAACCGAAAUUUUUAAUAAAACUUAUCUAAAUAAUAGGUUUUUGUUUCCACUUUUGUUAUUCAAUCACCACCCAUGAAGAAUCCUCCAUCCUUACAUUUUAUUUGUAUUUUUCUAGCAUUUAUUUA